UGCCUCGGCCUCUCAAAGUGUUGGGAUUACAGGCGUGAGCCAUUGCGCCUGGGCAGGUAUUUUUUCUCAUUAAGCGCUCCCCAUCCAAGUCUGCCCUAGGCAGGAGUGCCUAGUGCGCGGGUACAUACAUACCCCGUGCGUCUCCACACCUGUGCGCUCCUACAGAUGUGCUCGCAAUGCAGGUGUAAGGUCCCCCUCACACCUGCGUGCUUCCGCGGUCUCCCUCCCCGCAUCCUCAUUAAGGGACUGGGGUCCCGUUACAGGUGCGCCCGCAGCACGGCCCCGCCCCCUUCUUGACUCCGCCCUCUCAGCGAGGCUCAGGUGCACAAGCCGGAAGUGCGCUCUCCUCCCAGGUGAGUGACUAAACUUUCCGGGUCACGUGAGCGGGCGGAGCCGGUGGGGUCGGACCCAAAGAACGACGGACGGACCGAGGGUUCGAGGGAGGGACACGGACCAGGAACCUGAGCUAGGUCAAAGACGCCCGGGCCAGGUGCCCCGUCGCAGGUGCCCCUGGCCGGAGAUGCGGUAGGAGGGGCGCGCGCGAGAAGCCCCUUCCUCGGCGCUGCCAACCCGCCACCCAGCCCAUGGCGAACCCCGGGCUGGGGCUGCUUCUGGCGCUGGGCCUGCCGUUCCUGCUGGCCCGCUGGGGCCGAGCCUGGGGGCAAAUACUGACCGCUUCUACAAAUGAGAAUAGCACUGUUUUGCCUUCAUCCACCAGCUCCAGCUCCAGCUCCGAUAGCAACCUGCCUCAGGGAGCCAUCACUGCUAUCAUCGUGGUCUUCUCCAUCUUGGCCGCCUUGCUCCUGGCUGUGGGGCUGGCACUGUUGGUGUGGAAGCUUCGGGAGAAGCGGCAGACGGAGGGCACCUACCGGCCCAGUAGUGAGGAGCAGUUCUCCCACGCAGCCGAGGCCCGGGCCCCUCAGGACUCCAAGGAGACGGUGCGGGGCUGCCUGCCCAUCUAGGUCCCCUCUCCUGCAUCUGUCUCCCUUCAUUGCUGUGUGACCUUGGGGAAGGGCAGUGCCCUCUGUGGGCAGUCAGAUCCACCCAGUGCUUAAGAAUAGCAGGGAAGAAGGUACUUCAAAGACUCUGCCCCUGAGGUCAAGAGAGGUUGGGGCUAUUCACUUUUAUAUAUUUAUAUAAAAUUAGUAGUGAGAUGUAACAAAAGCUUUAUUGGUGUGUUUGAGCUGGUGGGAGCAUUAGCUGAGAUGGAAGUGACAAAUGCUGAGAGGAAUUGUA